GAUACGCAAAAUUUGUAAGAAGACGAUAUUUGUAGCAGCGAAUACGUAAUUACUGACACAACCGCAUGAAUGAACUCGAUGUAUAAAGUAAAAACCGCAGCGGAAGAAGCACGAAAGCUGUGGAGGCAUAAAAAGCCUGAGCACUCAAUGGCUGCAUUCGCGGCAAAUGAAGCCGUUUCUUCACGGUUCUCCCCGUCGAAACGUGUGACAAUUCUAUCGAUGCUCGAGGAGUAUACAAAUGCGUUAGCCAUUUACCAUAGCACGCUGAAAAAGCCGACCAGACAGGAUAACGAUAUUCCUGUUAACUGCAUUUCCUUCGAUUCCAAGUCAGAUGUACAAGACAAUUUCGACGAAGUUAUAAAAGCAGAAGAUGCGGAGGAACAGGCUACCUCUGAGAAACUUUACGAAGACAGUUUGUACAUAAGGAAAGUUAUGGAGGACUUGAAAGAAGAAAUUCGCGAGCACGGAACUUUCGAAUUCUUGACGAAAGAGAUCGAAGAGAUUACCCGGCGUAAAAAAGAGGAGGAAAAUUUACUCGAACAGGAAGAGAAACUCAAGAAAACAGUAACCGAGCUGCAAAAAUUAAUCGCCGAUGAAAAAAUCGCCAACGAGGAAAAUAAGAGACGUAUGAUGUACGAACUUUCUGAGAAACAGAGAAAUACAGAGAGGCUAAAGAUAAUUUCGCACGCGGAGCAAGAAUACCUUGCUGCUUGGGAGAAGGCAAGAUACGAGCAAAACCAGCUGCGCUGUGAUAUGGAGAUAAAACAAUUGGAGAAAAUGUUAAAUGAUUACAGUGUACAGGAGAAGAAUGAGGAGCGUGUGCACAGGGAACUGACGAAAUUUUUAACUUGGGAAACGGCGUCAUUCAAAAAGCAAGCGAGGGAAUGGAAGGAGCGAUACAUCCGUGAAAAAGAAAUGUACGAGAAAGAGAUUUGGCAGUUACGUAUUGAGAUAGAAUCACGGCAAAAGGAGUUAGAGGAACUUAAAGAAGAGUAUCGUCGUAAUCAAGAGUUUAUUGAUAUGUGUUUAGCGGAGAAAGAGGAGCUGAGAAGACAAAAGGAACGGGAAGAACUAAUGCGAAAAAGCACUGUCAAGAUUCAAGCUUGGUGGCGAGGUGUUAUGGUACGCCGGAAAUUAGGGCCGUAUCGGCCUGAAGAAAAAAGGAAAAAGCGUCAAACUAAGCCGAAGAAAUAACUUUUCUGUUUCACUUGCUUCUUAAUACUUCCACUAGCACAGCUGUUGAAUGAAAUAAUGUUUAUUCUUCCUGCUAGUUACCUUCGUGUGAAUUACAAGAAUGCAUUUCUUGGUGAAAGAUUCAAAAUGUCAAAGGAACAAAAAAAUCCGAGA